AAAAAACCAAUUUAACGAAAGAACAAAAACAAUUGGGGGCCUUCGUAUCAGAGGAGUGAGAGAAUCUCUCGGUGGAAAUUGGUUUAAAUUUUAAAACCCUUAAACACAGCCACCGUUCUCAGCCGCAUCACAUCCAUGUCAGAGCGCGACCGCCGCGAACGAGAGAGGGACAGGGACCGUGAACGCGACCGUGAUAGACGCCGAGAUAGAGACAGCCGCGACCGUGACCGUGACCGUGAAAGAGAUAGAGACAAUCGUGACCGUGAACGUGACCGAGGGCUUAGGAGCAAGAAGUCCCGAUCUCGUACUCCAGACCACCACGCACGUCCUCGCCACGUGCGUUCUCCGGAGAGGUAUCGCUCUCGUUCCCGCUCGAUUGACCGUGACCGUGACCGUCAGCGACACCACAGGCGCAGGACUCCCACCCCAGAUGCGCCGUCGCGGAAACGGCCUCGCCAGGGUUCAGUAGACGACGAGAAGGAAAGGAUCCGCAAACGAGCUGUGUCUGAUUUCGUUGACGAGAUUGCGAAAGAGCCUUCUUCUGCUACUAAGAAGAAGGAUAAACAAACAAGCGAUGCUGCUGAUAACGGCGGAGGCGGAGGGGAAGCUGAGGAAGGAAUGGAUGCGAAUGAGAUUGAGAUGAUGAAGAUGUUAGGGAUCCCUACUGGGUUCGAUUCUACUAAAGGGAAACCAGUUGCUGGUGCUGAUGUUAGUGGGAUUAGAGCUGUAACUAAGCGUCAGCCAAGACAGUACAUGAACCGUCGCGGUGGAUUUAACCGUCCUUUGCCUGCUGAGCGUAACCGCUAGUCUUCUCUCAAGGUCCUUCACACACUGUCUUUAAACACUAGUCGAAAGAAUUGAAUGAGGGUUCGAGCUGCACUUCCCAGCAGCAAUUCUUCCCCAGACUGUUCUAAUGUCCCCGGAGAACCAAACAUGUACUCUUUUGAAAUUAGAAACAACUCAUGAGUUAUAUCGCAUUUUCGGGAUUUAGAAUUGUUAAUGAUUGUGUGUAAUCUCCCAACUCUUAACUUUCAGACUAUGAUUCAGUUGAUGUCAUGCCUAUUCGUUU